AUGGGGAAGACAUGCAUAAUUCAGUUGCAUCAUUCGGGAAAGUUGAAUCAACGUAACAACUAUAUUGGUGGUAGCAUAGAGCUAGUUAACAAUGUGGACCCUGACAUGAUGUCCUACUUUGAAUUAGAAGACAUGGUGGAUAUGCUGCAGUUGGGUGAGAGUAAAAUGUCCUACAGAGAACCUAUUGGUGGGCACUUGAUGCAGAUAAUUAAUGAUGGGAGUGUUAUGCAGAUAUUUAUGGCCUACAACAGUUCAUCUUUGAUUAAGAUUUAUGUCACUAAUACUGAGAAUGAGGAUUCUAGGUUUAGUGCACAAGUUAUGCAUCAGUGGACAGAACACUUAACCCAAUCAAUGGAUGACAGUGACCAUGUGCAGCCUAACAGUGACCAUAUGCAGCCUAACAGUGACCAUAUACAGGCUGUAAGUGUUGACCAUGUGCAGGCUGCAAGUGUUGACCAUGUGCAGGCUACAAGUGUUGAAGAUAAUGUGCACAAUGAUGUCUCAGUUGAUGAAGAUGAUGAAAUAUAUAAUGGGGAAAAUAGUGAAGAGUUAGAUGAUGUCUUAGUUUAUGCACCAAGAGAUGAGCUAUGGAGUAUCCAUAGUGACUCAGAUGAUGAGAUACAUAUUCCUUGCAAAAAAUCAGAAUUCAUUACUAGGAGGGAAAUGGGACAGAAGGAAAAAAUAUUAAUGAUGGGAAUGGAGUUUGCUACAUUUGCAGAAUUCAAAGAUGUGUUGAGAGAACAUGCUAUAAAGAACAAAUAUGACAUCAAGUUUGUUAAAAAUGAUGGACAAAGGGUCACAUUUGAAACAAGCAAACUAGCAACAUCUUCUUAUCUUGCAAAUAAGUAUGUGCAUAAGUUUAGGAGGGACCCUGAGUGGAAAAUUUCUGGUUUUAUGGGUCAGAUUUCUGAUGAUUUGAACCUGGUAGUUAAUAGGUUCAAAAUUUAUAGGGCAAAGAGGAAAUGUCAGCUGAUAAUUGAUGGCACACAUGAAGAUCAAUUCUCAAAAAUCAGAGAGUAUUGUCAGUUGGUAUUGGAGACAAAUCCUGGAAGUGUUGCUAAGGUUGAUGUAUGUUUGGAGCUAGAUGGGAAGUCUACAAGGUUUGAGAGACUAUUUUUUUCAUUGGAUGCAAUGUGGAAAGGCUUUAAAGAGGGUUGUAGACCAUUCAUUGGCUUUGAUGGCUGCUUUCUAAAAACUCAUUACAAUCAACAUUUACUAAGUGCUAUUGGUAGAGAUGAGGAUAAUAGCUUUUAUCCCAUUGCAAUUGGUAUUGUGGAAGCAGAGACAAAUGAGACUUAG